CAUCUACCAGAUUAAAGUAGGCCCGCUGCCUCCACUAUACUCCAGGACAGUAGACAUCAGCACACACAAGCAGGUAGUUAGAAUUAGUUGGAACCAGAAGAAGCUGAUAGAGCCUUGCAUUGCCAUCUUCUGCAGCUAGCCCACUGCUACUUAUUAGAGUUGCAAGAAGAUCAGAAGCGACAUAGAGAGUAAGCUGAACGAAGAAGCUGCCAUGAGCUACUGGGGAAGUUCAGGUAGCUCACCGGCAUGGGGGGCGCCCGCCCGCCACGGGCCGUCUCCGAUGGUGCCCCUCAUGGUGGUGCUGGCCCUGGGGUGGGUCAUCUACAACGAGACCCUGCUGGAGUGGUACGAGCAGGUGACCGAGGUGCGGGACACCGUGACCGACAAUGCCAUGUUCUUCAUCCUCACCGCCGGGCUCCUGCUGCUCGCCGUCGUCCUCCUCAGCAACCAGAUGGAGGUGGUCCUGGUGCCGGCGGUGCUGGUGCUGGUCAUGCUCUUGAUCCAGAACAUCGUUUUUGCCACGCUCCUGUUGCUGCUGGCGGCGUACCUGGCCGGAAUUUACUACUACCCGCCUCACCAGGGCUAUGGUAAUGGCGGUGGCGGCCUCACCGGGGCCGGGGUUGGGGGUGACUGGACAGGCUGGGGCUGCGGGCUGGGGUUCUACAUGCUGCUGCUGCUCUGCCUGGUGCUGUGCGCCAUGUUUUCAGAGGAGGGCGGCAGCUGGUGGAUCCCAGGCGUGCUGCUGGCUGCGUGCCUGCUCUGCCUCAACCUCUUCUCUGGUGGCAAAGUCUUGGGCCAGGAAUACUUUUGACUCUUCUGUUCUUCGGGACAGAGCUUAGUUAUGGUUGUUUCCUAGCAUUAUUACCAGAAUGAGAAUGGUACAAGGAACAUAACUGGUACAUGUGAUAGAUAUUAACCUACUAUUCUCUCCAUUUCUAAAUAUAAGACC